AUGCCUCUUAYUCUAAGAAAAAGAGAAAAUGAUCAGGAGGACAAGUUAAACAGUACGCGUACUUUAAGUGAAGGAGAAAAAGAUCAGGAUGUCAUUAGUAGAUCACUUCCUCUAAGUAAAAGAGAAAAUGUUCAGGAGGAAAAGUUUGAAGAUGCCUAUGAAAUUAUCCCUAUGGCAACAACAAUGAAUCUCCUGUCUUCCUUGGAAGAAUGUACAACUGGACUAUACUUAUUUCUAAAUAACAGAUUCACAGAUGCAAUAAAUCUCAUUUACCCGUGGUCUAAAAACAGCACAUACCAUGCCCUAUUAUACAGUAUGCUUAUGGUUGUGAAAGCCAUCCUGACUUUUGAUCCACAGGACAUACAGAUUGGGAUGAACGCUGCAAAGGAAGCUUUGAAAACCUGUAACAAUUUCCGAAGAAGAACUAGGAUAAUGACUUUAUCUCGUAUAGUGAGUAGACAGGGAAUAAGAGCUGUCAAAGAAGAAGAAUUACAUGCAGAAGUCUGCUAUGCUGAGUGUUUGAUCUUGAAAUCUUCCAUAGCAUUUAUACAGGAUGACAGUAUGAUUAGUUUUCUUAAAAGUGGGCUCAGCGUUGGGUCAAGUUAUCAAAUAUACAAAGAUUGUCAACAGGUAUUAACUCUUAUGCCUCAYGGCCACAGCAAAGCCCACAGACAUUUGGUUGGAGGGAUAAAAUUUGGACUUGGAUCAUUUAAUUUGAUGUUAUCACUUGUGCCUCCAAAGACACUUAGACUUCUCAAUGUUGUUGGACUUUCUGGGGAGAGAGAGGUAGGCUUGGCUUUGCUUCAUGAGAGUGCAUCUGAAACUCAUAUAAAUAAUAUUUUAAGUGUUUUCACUCUACUCUUUUAUUACAGUUACAUCCAUGUAGCUUUUGGUGUUGAAAAAGUUUCCAGUUUGGCUACAGAGAAUCUCUUCCUCAUAUACCUCCAGAAAUUUCCAAACUGUGUUGUACUUAAAUUUUUUCAUGCACGUUUUAGUAUGUUGAGAGGAAAUUUUGAAAAAGCACAAUUGAAAUUACAUGAGUGCAUUUUUACUCAGAACGAAUGGAAACAGGUUCACCACCUCUGUUACUGGGAACUCAUGUGGUGCCACAUUUUUCUGCAGGAUUGGAAGCAGGCUUACAACUAUGCCCAUCUACUGUAUGUUCAUAGCAGAUGGUCCAAGGCAAUAUAUGUGUACAGUAAAGCUAUCAUAUUGGCUUUACUUCCUCCUGAUUUUGUGAAAUCACUAAAUGAUAACAUGACCUCUCUCUUCUUAAAUGUGGAAAACCUGAGAAUCAAAAUUUUAGGYACCCCUGUGCCAAUAGAAAAGUUUGUUGCUGAGAAAGGUCAGCGCUAUGGUACUACUACAGGCUGGUUUACGGCACAGCCCCUUCUGGAAUUCAUUUAUGCCUGGAGUGGUUUCCGAGUCAUGAGCAAAAAAGUAGAGCUUAUUUCAAGCUGGCUAUCAAUAAUUAACAAAGGAAAAGACCUUUUGCAGGAAAAUCCAAAUGAGGAAUAUGGCACAGAUGACAUAAGUUUCUUAAAUUUGCUGAAAGGGCUAUGCCUGAAACACCUAGGCAAAUAUUUGAAGGCUGAGCAUUACUUUAAUCGUGUUAUUCAAAAGGAGAAGUUUUUAAAAUAUGACCACUAUUUGGUGCCAUAUACUUACUAUGAACUAGGAAUUCUACACUAUCUGAAAGGAGAUUUUGCCAGUGCAACAAAAUAUCUAGACAACAUAAAGAACUAUAAAGACUAUUCCAUGGAAGCCCGGUUACAGUUUAGGGCUCAUAUAGCCCUUGAACAAAUAGCUAAAGAAAAGUGA